CCUUUUUUUGACUACGCGUUAGCAACAUGGGGAGCUAACGUGUUGGAGCUGACGUUAGCAGCGGCGUUUAUGAUAUUUUGUAACUCCUUGGCGAACUGUAUUUUUUAUAUUUGAAGGAAGGGGACACACUUUAAGUCAUGCGGCGAAGUAAAGUCGAAGUGGACCGUUAUGUUUCUUCUGUUCUGAGCACCUCUACAGCUCUCAAAGAGAAGCCAGUGAAGGGAUUUUUGUUUGCUAAAUUGUACCUUGAUGCAAAAGAAUAUGAACUUGCAAAAAGGCAUGUUUCAGAGUAUCUUAAAGUGCAAGAGAGGGAUCCAAAAGCACAUAAAUUCCUUGGACACCUCUACGAGAGAGAGGGAGAGCUCAACAAGGCUGUUGGGUGCUACAAGCGCUCUGUGGAUUUGAACCCCGCGCAGAGGGACCUGGUCCUGAAGGUGGCUGAGUUACUUGUUAGUAAAGAGGAAAAUGACAGCAGAGCAGAGUUUUGGGUGGAUAAAGCUGCAAAGCUUUUGCCCGGCAGCCCAGCGGUCUUCAACCUAAAGGAGCGCCUGUUGAGUCGCCAGGGUCAGCAGGGUUGGAACCAGUUGUUCGAUCUUCUCCAAGCCGAGCUUGCAGCGCGGCCAGCCGAUCCUCACGUAAAUGUGAAGCUGGUGCAGCUGUUCUGUCAGGACGGGCGGCUGGAUGAAGCUGUUAAACACUGCCUAGCGGCAGAAAAGAGGGGCCUGUUGCGCCGCAGCAAAGAGUGGUACACUGUUGUGUUGCGCACUCUGCAGGAGUAUCUGGCUCAACCCAGCAUCUCUAGUAAUGAGAAGUUGUGUCGACGACUUCAGAAGGAAGUGCUGUUGACGCACUGCAACCUGCUGAGAAUCGCACUUUCUGAGAGCGACGUGCAACCCGGCCUAGAUGCAUUUAGAAGCUUUGACGGUGCCAUGCAGACGCUGGCUAUGGCAGCUAGACGCCAAUCAGAUGAUCUUCUGGAGGUUUUUGUGGAGAUGAGAGGUCACCUCUAUCUGCAUGCUGCCACACUGUUGUUGAAAAUGGCUCAUGAGCGUCAGCAAACCUGGAGGGCUGUCAUCGAUCUGUCUGUCAUGUGCUACCUGCUGGCGUACCAGAAUCCCAGACCAAAGCCAAGAGUGAGCAAAAGAGACCAGUCACCUCCACUGCUUCUGGAGCUUCUGGCUAAUGAUCGGCAGAGUCAAGCUGGACACAUGCUGUUGAGUCUGAAUCCAGAUCCAUCUACUUUAAUCAGAGAGGUGGUUGAAGCAUUUGGAAACCAUAAAGGACAAGAGUGUCUGUUUGAGCUACUGUGGGGUCCCCAGGCUUCCAGCAGCUCCUCCUUCAUUGCCAUAGACGACAUACGGUCACUAAGCGCUAUCACUCCUGAGCUCUCACAGCUCACUAAAUAUGACACUGGCUCCAUCCUGCUGCACGGUGGAGAUUUGCAACAUCUGAGUUGGUUGGGGCUGCAGUGGACUCUCCAAGACCAAAGACCACCUCUGAGGGACUGGCUGCAGCAGCUUUUUCCCAGACUCACUCUGGAAACCUCUAAGAUAGACACCAAUGCACCAGAGUCCAUCUGCCUUCUGGAUCUAGAGGUGUUUUUAUACGGUGUGGUGUUCAGCAGCCACUGUCAGCUGCAGGAGAAGGCAAAGAUGAGCAGUGGCAUGAAGAAGCAGCAGGAGCUCCUGGAGCCUCGCUGCCUGCCUUUGUCUCUGCUCUGCCUCUUGACCACAGACAGACAGAGAGAAUGGUGGGAUGCCAUAUACAACCUUAUAUACAACCGAGCAGCUUCUGGCACGUCAGCCAAGCUGCGGAUGAUUGUGCAGCACGGUCUCAACACCCUGAGAGCUGGAGAGAAACACGGCCUCCAGCCUGCGCUGGUCAUCCACUGGGCCCAGUGCCUCAGUCAGACGGGUGAUGGCAUGAACUCGUACUACGACCAGAAAGAAUACAUCGGGCGCAGUGUCCAUUACUGGAGAGCUGUUCUCCCCCUGCUGGAGAAAAUCAAAUGCAGAAGAAGUAUACCAGAGCCCCUCGAGCCCCUCUUCAUGCACUUCUCUUCUAAAAAUAUUCAGAUUUCUUCAGUGAGAAGUUAUGAGGAAGAAGCUCAGAUAGCGCACGCUGUUCUGCUUGACAUAGAAGGAAGAACAGAUGAAGCAAUCACCAUCUUGGAGAAAAUCAACAACUUGUCAUCUGCCUGGCAUUUAGCACAGAUCCAUCAGCGACUGUCAGAAGAGGCCAGCAAUGGUGUGGAAGAGACUCAAGACCGCUGUAUAACUUCUCUGAGAAAAUACAGAACAUAUCUGCUACGGAUCUACAAUGCCAAUGCAAACGACAUCGACAAGCUCCCUGUAUCCAUGGAGGAAGUUGUCGACCUCCUGAAUGAUGUAAACCAACAGCUGGGGGAGAGUGGGGAGGAUGAGGAGGAUGAGAAGGAGUUUGAGCGUCAAAUAGGACCAGAUCACUCCAGUCCCGCUCAUCUCCAGGAAACCAGCGCCACCAUUUCUCACAUCAAGUUCUCCACUCCAUCUCCUAACAAGAGCAUCGUAUCUCCUUCCAAACGUUUGAUUUCUCCGAAGGCACCACCUCAUUGGGUCGAAGACCAAAAAAAUCUCCUGCAGAUGUUGUGCCAGAAAGUUGAAGCUCUGAAGAAUGAGGUUCAGGAUCUAAAACUCAACGCAUCAGUGGCUGCAGGUUCUCCUCCUAAGUUGUAUGGAGACAGCUACAGGGCUGAGGGUUUUCAGGAACCAUUUACGCCAGUCCAGUCUUAUCACGGAGCCCCCCUAACAGUGGCUACCACUGGCCCCUCUCUGUUCUACAACCAGUCUCCAGCUUACAACUCCCAGUAUCUCCUGCGGCCUGCUGCAAAUGUGACCCCCACCAAGGCUCCAGUUUAUGGUGUGAACCGUCUGCCCCCUCAGCAGCAUGUGUAUGCAUACCAGCAGCCCACUCACACUCCCCCCUUGCAAACGACUCCAGCGUGCAUGUACCCUUCCCAGGAGCAAGUGUUUGGCGCUCCCCUUCGCUUUGAAUCUCCAGCCACCAGCCUUUUGUCCCCUUAUAGUGAGGAGUAUUUCGGCCAGAGUGUUUCCCAACAGGCUCCCAACCCCCCCCUCCCAGAACCUGGGUACUUCACCAAGCCGUCCGUGCUUCCUGUGCAGCCGCCCAAGAGCUUGGAGGGGCCGCCUGUAGAUUUUGGAAAGGUCCCACUGAGCCAGCAGGCUCCUGAAGCCUCUAGAGUGCCCAGUUUUGGUGUAGCUGCUCAGGCUGCACCCUCAGCUGCUUUUAAGUUUAACUCCAACUUUAAGUCCAACGAUGGAGACUUCACAUUCUCCGCUUCACAGGCAAAGCACAGCGAAAGUUUACUGGGAUUGUUAACAUCUGACAUCCCCACAACUAAAGACUCUACUCCAGAGAAGCCUCCCGCCCAGGAGCAGCCCCCCAGCAUCUUCAGCUUCGGCCACAAAAACCUGACCAGCUUCUCUUUUGUUGAUCCUGUACAGAACUCUGUAAGCGGGGGGGCUUUUGGCAAGGCGGAUCAGCCCUUUAAAUUUGGGGAGAGCCCCAAGCAGCUGUUUGAUAUCUCCAAACAGGUAGAGAGUGACAAUGACAGCGCACACGCAGACGAGGACGAAGACGGACCCCACUUCGAGCCGAUCGUUCCUCUCCCUGAUAAGGUGGAUGUGAAAACGGGCGAAGAAGAGGAGGAAGAAAUGUUUUGCAACAGGGCCAAGUUGUACAGGUUUGACGCAGAGACAAAGGAGUGGAAAGAACGUGGAAUCGGCAAUCUAAAAAUCUUAAAACACAACACAAAAGGGAAGGUUCGUCUGUUGAUGAGAAGGGAGCAAGUCCUAAAGAUAUGUGCCAACCACUACAUCACUGCUGACAUGCUUCUCAAACCGAAUGCUGGCUCUGACAAGUCCUGGGUGUGGAACGCCAUCGACUACGCCGACGAAGAGCCUAAACCCGAGCAACUGGCCAUCCGCUUCAAAACGGUUGAGGAAGCGUCUCUUUUUAAAGCCAAAUUUGAAGAGGCUAAGAAAGUGGCUCUCGCAUCCCCAGAAAAGCAGCCUGAAAAGAAGAGCAGCUCCAAAGAUUCAGAUUCCCUGGCAGCUCGGUUUGCUCUGAAAGAAGGGGACUGGGAGUGCGACGUGUGCUGUGUCGUAAAUAAACCCUCUGAUCUGCGCUGCAAAGCCUGCCAAACAGCCAACCCUUCCUCAAAAGCAGAGGUCCAGGCUCCUAAAGCAAGCGCUUUUACUUUCAAAUUUGGUACAGACUCGUCAAAACAGAGCAGCUCUGGCUCCACGUUUGCUGGAUUUGGUGGUUUUGGGUCUUCUGUUCCUUCUUCGUUUACAUUUGGCAUGGGCUCUUCAAAGCUCCCUGAUGCAGCCACCAAGGCCAUAAGUUUUGGCUCUUUGGAUGAUAAAAGGUCAGCUCAGUGGAAUUGUGAGAAAUGUUCUACAAAAAAUGAGACCUCUGCAGACGUUUGUCUUUCUUGUAAAACUUCUAAAACCGCAACCAAAAAGACAGUUCAAAGCAGCCCGACUGCAGCAGUGCAGCCGUCUGCGUUUGCCCCUGAUCUGAGCGCUCAGUUUGGCAAAAAGCCUGGACAGUGGGACUGCAACGUUUGUGAAGUGAGGAAUGAGUCUGCCGCUGAAAGGUGUGUUGCCUGUAAAACCGCAGCCAAAAAGACAGUUCAAAGCAGCCCGGCUGCAGCUGUGCAGCCGGCUGCAGCUGUGCAGCCUGCUGCGUUUGCCCCUGAUCUGAGGGCUCAGUUUGGCAAAAAGCCUGGACAGUGGGACUGCAACGUUUGUGAAGUGAGGAAUGAUUCGGCCGCUGAAAGGUGUGUUGCCUGUAAAACCGCAGCCAAAAAGACAGUUCAAAGCAGCCCGGCUGCAGCUGUGCAGCCGGCUGCAACUGUGCAGCCUGCUGCGUUUGCCCCUGAUCUGAGGGCUCAGUUUGGCAAAAAGCCUGGACAGUGGGACUGCAACGUUUGUGAAGUGAGGAAUGAGUCUGCCGCUGAAAGGUGCGUUGCCUGUAACACCUCAAAGGCAAAAGAGACAGCCACAGCUCCUGUGGCACCAAGUUUGCCGCCCGCGCCAGAAAUAACAGCCGAUUCAAGCAAAGUAGGUGGGCAGUGGGACUGCAAGAGCUGCCUGGUCAGAAACGAAGCAUCUGCCACCAAAUGUGUUUGCUGCAGCGCCCCCAAUGACACUCUCUCCUUGGAAGCCAUUUUUGGCAAGAAUCAAGGAGAAUGGGAUUGUGAUGCAUGCUUGGUGAGAAACGAAGCCUCUGCUAGCAAGUGUGUCGCCUGUCAGGCUGCUAAUCCUAAUGCUAAAAUCGCCAGCAGCUCCUCUGCCUCCACCUUUAGCUUCACCUUUGGAAACAAGAGUCAACCAAGUCAACCUGCCGGAACUGGGAUCACCUCUUCUGGAUUCCAGUUUGGUCUGAGCAAAGAGAAAAACUCUGCUCCUCCUUUUAAGUUUGAAACUCCUCAGACUGCACCCACCACCACAAGUUCCUCUGGCUUUUCUUUCUCCAUGCCCAUUCCACCCGGAGGCUUCAAGUUCGGCCUUCAGGAACCUGCAAAGGACCCUGCCUCGUCCGGUGGUCCGACACCACCCGGACCAGCCUCCAGCUGUCUGAAAAGCAUUGCGGACAAACACAAGGAGAAAGAAACUCUGUCCACACCCCCAGACAUCAAAGCAGAACAAGACGCCAAUCCACUCAUUUCUGGAAAGGGCAGUUUGUCCAGUUUUGCUGACUUGGCCAAAUCCUCUGGGAGCGACUUCCAGUUUGGACAGACGGACCCCAACUUUAAAGGCUUUUCUGGAGCCGGGCAGCAGGUCUUCUCAACGCCACAGGCAACACCCACCAAGAUGGACUCUGUGAGCGGACAAGAGGAUGACGGCAUGUAUAAGACUGAAGAAAACGAUGACAUCCAGUUUGAACCGGUGGUCCAAAUGCCCGACAAGGUGGAUGUGGUCACGGGAGAGGAAGACGAGCAGGUUCUCUAUUCUCAGCGGGUCAAACUGUUCCGCUUUGAUACAAGCACCAGCCAGUGGAAAGAGCGAGGGGUUGGGGUCCUCAAAUUCCUGAAAAACAGCAUCAACGGUCGCCUGAGGGUAUUGAUGAGGAGGGAGCAAGUUCUGAAGGUGUGUGCCAACCACUGGAUCACGACCACAAUGAACCUGAAGCCCCUGGCAGGUUCGGACAAAGCCUGGAUUUGGUUGGCCAAUGACUUCUCUGACGGAGACGCCAAGUUGGAGCAGUUGGCUGUCAAAUUUAAAACUCCAGAGCUCGCAGAGGAGUUCAAGGCAAAGUUUGAGGAAUGUCAAAGACUCCUCCUGGACAUCCCCCUGCAAACUCCACACAAGCUGGUCGACACAGGCAGAACGGCUCACCUCAUUCAGAAGGCAGAGGAAAUGAAAUCUGGUUUAAAAGACCUGAAAUCAUUUCUGACGGAUGAAAAAACCAAGAUCAAAGAUGAAGACACGCAAGGAGACACGACGGCUUCCGGCGAGAUUUCCAGCAUGGUCAUCAGGCCUCAUGGGGAAACCACCGGGCCGACCUUGGAGUGGGAUAACUAUGACCUGAGAGGAGACGCUCUGGAUGACACAGCUGACUCCUCUGUUUAUGCCUCGCCCAUUGCCAGCAGCCCCCUGAGAAAAAACCUUUUCCGCUUCGGAGAAUCCACCGGUGGGUUCAGCUUCAGCUUCCAGCCUGGCAUCAGCCCCUCCAAAUCUCCCGCUAAGCUCAACCAGAGCCAAGCCUCAGUAGGCACUGAUGACGAGCAGGACGUCACUCAGGAUGAAGAGCGGGACGGGCAGUACUUUGAACCCGUGGUGCCUUUACCGGACUUGGUGGAGGUUUCUACCGGAGAGGAAAACGAGCAGUCGAUCUUCAGCCACAGAGCAAAGCUGUAUCGCUUCGACAAAGAUGUGGGUCAGUGGAAGGAGAGGGGGAUCGGAGACCUGAAGAUCUUGCAGAAUUAUGACAGCAAACGGGUGAGGCUGAUCAUGAGGAGAGACCAGGUGCUGAAGCUCUGUGCCAACCACUGGAUCUCAGAAACCAUGAAGCUGGAGCCCAUGAAGGGAGCAGAGAAGGCCUGGGUCUGGAGUGCCAUGGACUUUUCUGAGGAUGGGGAGGGCAAAAUCGAACAGCUGGCUGUGAGGUUCAAGCUCCAAGAAACAGCAAAUACCUUCAAACAGGUCUUCGAAGAGUCCAAAGUCGCUCAAGCAAAAGCAGAACUGAUGACUCCAAUGGCGUCUCGGCUCGCAGCGCCUAAAGACGACACAGCAGCAGAAUUGGCAAGCACUCCGGUGUGUGGCAGUGCGGCUAUUGCUGUUCUGGAGGAGAUCACAAAGGAGCGCACAGAACCUCCUCCUGACAGCAAACCGUUACCUGCUGCCUCUCCGAGUCCAAUCAACCCCUCAAAGACUGUGGUGUCUCCCCCAAAGUUUGUCUUUGGGACCGAUUCCCUCCAGAAGAUAUUCGGCUCACCAAAAUCCCAGCCGGAAGCUCCAGCUCCUGCAGGGAAAGCGAAAGAUUCUGGAAGCUCUGUGAAGAGUCCUCUUCCUGCUCCUGCAUUCCCGAUGCACACAGGUCUGGAUUUUAGGCUUUUCAAAGAUAACCCAAUGGCUUUUUGGACCAGCACGUCCACCAGCGACAGUUUUGAACCCGCAGGUUCUGCUCAGGCAGCAGCGGGCAGCUCACGGUCGGAGGAAGACUCUGAGGUGGAGGUUUUGUAUGUCAAGGAGCCCACUGCUGAGCAGGCGGCUUUAGCCAGGAAACUCCUGCUGCCCCUCACCUUUUUCUGCUACAAGAACGAGCCAGGUUACACCAGCGACAGUGAGACCGACGAUGAAGACUUUGAGUCAGCAGUAAAAGCGUUAAAUGGAAACCUCUACCCGGAUCCUCCUCAGGCUGCAGCUUCUGAUAACGACUCCUGUGAGGUCGUGUGGGAGAAACGGCCAACGCCAGAAGAGGAGGAGAAAGCAAAGAGUCUGCAACUUCCCCCCACGUUCUUCUGUGGCCUGAGCACCUCUGACACUGACACCAACCACGACAAGCAGGAAGACUUUGAAACAGAAGUCCGCAAAGCACAGCAUGAGCUGGCUGGUCAGUCAAAGAAAGCUGAGAAAAGCUGGAGCCGUCCAGCUGCAGCUCUUCAAGACCCGAGCUCGGUCCCAGCAUCCAGCUGUCCAGAAGCAGCCGCCAGCGGAACCGCAGUGGAGGGGCAGACCGCAGACCAGCCAGCAGAAAGUCAAAGCAGCAGCUGUCCCAUCGACCUGUCCACCAAGAAGAGCUCAGAACCAGAACCCGGUUCUAGUACAGAUGUUUCUGACUCUCCAGCAGCUGCUCAAGACUCCAGCUUUGGUUUUGACUCACUCGCUGGAUUCUCUUUUGCUGACUUGGCAAAGAAAACAGAAGGCUUUGCGUUUGGAAACAAAGAUUCUGACUUCUCCUGGGCCAAUGCUGGGGCAAUGGUAUUCAAACCUCCUGUGUCCUGUGAACCUAAACCCAAGACAGACGAUGGAAGUGAUGAAGAGGAGGCUCCUACCAAUGUGGACAUUCACUUUGAGCCUAUAGUGUCUCUGCCUGAGGUGGAGACCAAGUCCGGAGAGGAAGAUGAGGAGAUCUUGUUUAAGGAACGAGCCAAGCUUUACCGGUGGGACCGAGACCAAAGCAUGUGGAAGGAGCGAGGCAUCGGCGACAUCAAAAUCCUCUUCCACCCCAACAAACGGUUCUAUCGAAUCCUGAUGAGACGAGACCAAGUCCUGAGGGUUUGUGCCAACCAUACCAUCAUCCAGGGAAUGGAGCUAAAGCCUUUGAACACCACAGCUAAUGCCGUGGUCUGGACUGCCACAGACUACGCAGAUGGUGAAGGCGUUGUGGAGCAGCUGGCAGCCAAAUUCAAAACCCCAGAGAUUGCAGAGACCUUUAAAAAGACCUUCUGCGAGUGCCAGAGCCGCAUGAGUCAAACUGACGGUGACGCUUCAUGCGCCUUGUCACCACAGAUGUCCAGAGUCCAGGAGCACUCUAGAGAGACCAACCCACAAGUGUUCCUCAAAGUAGCUGCUGAUGACGAGCCGCUCGGCUCCAUCACCAUAGAGCUUUUCUCCCACAUUGUUCCCAAGACUGCUGAGAACUUCAGAGCCCUCUGCACCGGCGAGAAAGGCUUUGGCCUUCAGAACUCCAUCUUUCACAGGGUCGUACCAGAUUUCAUGUGUCAGGGUGGUGAUAUCACCAACAGCAACGGCACAGGGGGCAAGUCCAUCUACGGGAGCUCGUUUGAGGACGAGAACUUUGACGUUCGCCACACAGGUCCAGGGAUCCUGUCGAUGGCAAAUCGAGGACGCGACACCAACAAUUCCCAGUUCUUUAUAACGCUGAAAAAAGCAGAACACCUGGACUUCAAACACGUGGCGUUUGGCUGGGUUCGGGACGGCAUGGAUGUUGUUCAGCAGAUGGGAGAGCUGGGCACAAAGCAAGGGGUUCCCUCUAAGAAGCUGGUUAUCACAGAGUGUGGACAGCUGUAGCCUUUUGAAAGUCUAAGAGCAACAUGGAACUCUCUUCAGGCUUUUGAAGAGCACAAUCUUUCUCCCAAAGCACAAUCUUUAGUCACAUUUUUAUUAAGAAGGUAAAGAUUGGAAACUAUUUUGCAGUGUAACCUCAAAUGGGAAACAGUGAGGAGGAGAAUUUUAGGGCAAUGUUACCUUUGCUCCCUUUUGACAUGUCAUUUAAAUAUUGGUCAAGAGUUUAUUUUUUUGUGUAAAAUUGUACAUGAACUUUUAAAGGUGUUUUUGUUUGGGUUUUUGUUAUGUUUCUGCUCCGUUUGACUGUACUGGUUUUCUUCACUGCUAGUUGAAUGUUUUGCGGUUUUUCAGGAAGCAGCUCUGUCACCACGUACACGUCUCCCAUUUCAAAUGCAGUCUCUGGUUACAUUUUAAAGUGGGAAACCAACAACAUUUUCUUUGAGCAACCGCCGAAGGUCAUAUUUACCCUCUGGAGGGUAACUAGAUGUUUCUGCUUUACAAACUACCAAGAUGUUUGAUUAUGUGUACAGAGUGAGAUGACGUUCAAUUCAGAUACUGCUUGUACCAAAACAAAUCUCAAAAUUAAUAAAGUUGCUUUACAAAAUAUUUAA